AGAACAGCAGAAGCAGCAACACAUUAGUGUUUGUCCUCAUGAUUUAUUCUCCCUGUGUAAUCUGAGAGUGCUGUAGAGCCGCAGUGAAGACAUCCAGAACUCUGAGGCUGGAAACAGUACGAGCUCCGGGCUGACAAAGUUUACACUUUACUAACCGUAUGGAUAUAAACCUGGACAAAAUGAAAAGUUUAUGGAUUGCUCUUUUUCUCGACAUGGUUGGAACAGCUAUCUGGGGUUUCCCACAGCGUUGUAAACCUGGCAGCUAUUUUCAAGGGUGCAGAACUCCUCCAGUGGAAAUGCCCAAAUGUACAGAUGUCAUGUUGACCUACUGUAAAGACAUGCCCUACUCCACCACUAUGUACCCUAACCUCCUGGAUCAAAAAAGUCGCACUGAGGCCGAGCAGAGUAUGGAGUAUCUGCUUCUGAAUGUAAUUCAUUCAGUGUUAAAUGGGGAGUGCAGUCCAGAUAUACGCAUGCUGGGCUGCUCCAUCAUAGCGCCACGCUGUGAAAACAACAAGAUCCUGAAGCCCUGUCGCAGCACUUGUGAGUCUGUGCACAAAGCCUGUGACCACAUGUUUGAACGUAUUGGAAUGGCCUGGCCCUACUACAUAGACUGCGAUCGCUUUUUUGUUAGUGAUGAGGAAGGCUGUUAUGACCCACUGGAAAACCUAAGAGAUAAAGAGGAACCUGAAAUGGAUAACAUGCCAAUAGAGGAAUCCUCAUCAAUAAUCCCGUUCACCUAUCACUCCAACACACAGAUGUACAAGAUCCUUAAAAAGACAGCAGAAGAAUGCUCUCACAUCUCAAGGACAUACAGCAUUGGACAGAGUUUUGAAAAGAAAGACCUGCUCGUAAUAGAGUUUUCAAGCAACCCUGGAGAACAUGAACUAUUGGAACCAGAGGUCAAGUACAUUGGAAACCUGCAUGGAAACGAGGUCAUGGGCCGAGAGUUGCUGAUUUACUUGGCUCAGUACCUGUGCUCUGAGUAUCUGUUGGGAAAUACACGGAUCCAGGCUCUCAUUAACACAACACGCAUCCACAUUCUGCCCUCCAUGAAUCCUGACGGCUAUGAAUUAGCCCUUUCUGAAAAGUAUGGAAGUUCUGACUCAGAUUAUGAUGAGGAUUCGGUAUACACUGUGUCUGCAGAUGGCCGUCGCAAUGCCCAGAAUAUAGACCUCAACAGGAAUUUCCCAGACUUGACUUCUUUUGUCUACAACCAGCGUAGACUUAAGUCCUUUCGCAGUGACCAUAUUCCCAUCCCAGACUCCUACUGGCUUGGUAAGGUUGCUCCAGAGACAUAUGCUGUUAUGAAAUGGAUACGGUCCAUUCCAUUUGUUCUGUCUGCUAGCUUUCAUGGAGGAGACCUGGUGGUGUCUUACCCUUACGACCUCUCAAAUCAUCCUCACAAAAAGAACGUGUUCUCUCCCACUCCAGACGAGCAGGUCUUCAGGCAGUUGGCCAUGAUUUACACAAAUGCCCAUGCCACAAUGUCCAGCCCGGACACAGACAGGUGUGGUGGCAACUUUGCUGAUAACGAGGGGAUUGUAAAUGGGGCUCAGUGGUUCAGCAUAGCAGGAGGAAUGGGAGACUUUAAUUAUCUACACACAAACUGCUUUGAGAUAACAGUAGAGCUGGGCUGUGACAAAUUUCCAGCAGAAGAUGACCUAUAUACAGGCUGGAGAGAAAAUAAAGAGGCUUUCCUGACUUUCUUGGAGUCGGUGCAUAGUGGAAUUAAAGGAAUUGUGAAAGAUGAAGAUGGCCAUGGCAUUAAAGCAGCCACUAUAUCAGUCAGAGGGAUCAGGCAUGUCAUUACCACAGCUGAAAAUGGUGAUUAUUGGAGACUGCUGUUACCAGGCACCCACAUUGUCAGUGCCUCAGCACCAGGUUAUAGCAGAGUCUUGAAGAGGGUGCACCUUCCUGCUCACAUGCAGACUGCUGGUCGGGUGGACUUUGUGCUUAAGAAGGUUCAACCUGAUCCAGAAAUAAAUGAACUAAACAUCCUUCAUUGGGAAAACUAUGAGCGAUUUGACCCUUAUAACCAGCGGAUACGAUAUUCCACAGGGAAAACGAGUCAGAUGGACGAGGAGAGGCAGAAGAAGCCAUGGUGGUGGUCCUAUUUUACACAGCUGGGUAACCAAAAUCCCUCCUGGCUCCUAAGGAAUUAGCCCCAUCUGGUGCUCUGAAAGUAUCUUCACAGCCUGCUUUUAAGUCAGUUUUAAGAUAAUCAUUAUACAGCAUAUUGUAGACAUAUUAAGCAGUAACACAAUGAUUUACAUGAACACAUCUACUGAAAUCUCCAUUAUAUCCAUUACCUUUAUCUGUAUCAAGACAAAUUCAUCUUGAUUAUACAGUACCGGGCAAAAGUCAUGAGCCACCUUUCAUUACUUCAUACUAAAUUAUUUUAAAUUAUAUAGAUUAAAGUACAUUUUUAGGAACAACUUAAAUAUGACGAGCUGUAAAGUUCCUAAAGAUACAAUAAAAAAUUGAUUGUUAACCCUCAGCAGCAACCUCAUUUCCCCACUCGUCUGUUCCAGCCAUUCAGCAUCACCAGUAUACUAAUCACCGACGUGAUUAUUUGUUUUCAUCUGCACCUGUUCAUCCCUUAAGAUGGUUUAACAAACCAAAACACUUCUCUGUAACUGGUCAGGUACAGGGACAGAGAUCCCAUAACUAACUAAAAAUAGAAAGUAAGAUUAGAAGAGCUAUUCCUCAAGACUACAUAAAAAAUACAUGAAAGUCUAGUUCUUUGGAAGCAAAAUAUAAAGAAAUUAGGGCUCAAGACUUUUUGCACAGUACUGUACCAGUACCGUACUUUGCACAGUACCAGUACUGUCGUUGCAUUACUUUAAUAUAGCAUAAAAUUUUUAAAAGAAAACAUAUACUGUAGGUAAUGUGUUGAAAACUUACUCAAUUGAAAGGUCGAAGUAUCCAGCCCAAAAGAAGUAUUUAAGUAUUAAAAAGUACGAUGAAAAUGUUUUUAUUUGUAAAAUUAAGUUAUGGUUUUAUAUAAAAAAGUUACUUUUAGUGACUGUUUUCUUACUCUAGCAUAUUGAAACAUUUGACUUAGAUAGGAACAAAUGCAUUCUUCCUCAAAUACAGUGUAUAAUAUGAAAAGGUAAUUGCAAAAUGCCAAAUUGGAAUGAUUUUUGAUAGUGGUUGAUGUCGAUGAAUUUGAUUAGGUUCUUAUCAGAAAUGAAUGGAUGCUUAUUGAAAAAUAGUGUUGAGGUACUGGAAACAUGAGCCAUGGUAGACUUUUAACAUUUGUGAUGAGUAUUUCAAUGAAACCAAAAGGAGUAGAUUUGGAAAUGCAACUUGAAAUGUACAAGUAUUCAUUUAAAUGUGAAAAGAAAACAAUACAUAAAAAAAGUAUUUUUAUUUAUUCCACCUCUGAACAUAAUCAUCAAUAUGCUUAAAGCACUUGAUUUAUUACUUACAACCAAUAAAUAUCAGUUUCAAGACAUGUUGCCUAUAGAGAAUAAAGUUUUGGUUAAAAACUG